AUGGGCAACUUUGUCCCACCCUUCUCGCUUGUCCAUUUGUCCAGGCCGUUCUGCUCAGGUGGCUUGGGGCUGAUAGUUCGGCGGGGCCACCCCUGUCCACUGUCGGCACCCCCCGUUCCCAAGCAAAGGGAGUCCCUGGACACUUCACAGACUCGGCAAGAUGCGGCCGACUCGGUACCGGAGAGCGUGUGUGCCUGUGUGGGUGUACAUUCUGUGUACUAUGUAUAUCUUCACCUGCCAACACCCCCCGGGUUUCCUUCGCUUCUCUCUGGUCUCUGGCUUACUCCGACCCUGACGCUCGUUUGUCCCGUCGUGACUCGUCCUAUCUGUGGUGUUGGCGUCGUCCAGCCCAAGGGACGCACAAGUCUUCGCCACCAUGAAGGCCUCACCAACCAAGACGUUGUUUUCUUCCCUUCUCCUGUCCUCGGUGAGAAGAGCUGCCCCCGUGUUGACGAUCCUGGGGAUAUUUGGAAUAUAUGGGAUAGUCUUUGGCUGACCACGCCGCAGGUUCCGCUCUCGUUGGCACAACUCUCCGUGCCAACAACACUUCCGGGCAGCUGGGAGUAUCAGGGGUGCUACACCGAUGUGCCCGGCAGGACGCUGAGUGCCGCCUCGUACGCGGAUGGCGCGAACAUGACGAUUGAGGCCUGCCUGGCCUAUUGCGAGUCCAAGGGCUUCCCGUAUGGCGGCACCGAGUACUCGGUCGAAUGCUACUGCGGCAGCAACCUCGCUUCGGGGACCGAGAAGCUCGCCGACUCGGAGUGCAACAUGGCUUGCUCGGGAGACGCCAGCCAGCCCUGCGGAGCGGGAAGCAAGCUCUCGCUUUUCCACACAACCGCCGUCGUCGGGCCCCAAGCCAACCCCGGUGUCAACGACUAUGUCCACAUGGGGUGCUACGCCGAGGGAACGACUGGUCGUGCGCUUACCUACGGUGCCGGCGGCAUCGACGGCAGCCAGAUGACGGUUGCCAAGUGCACUGCCGCCUGCCGAGCGGCGAACUAUAUCCUUGCCGGCGUCGAGUACGGCGGAGAGUGCUACUGCGGCAACACCAUCGCGAACGGCGGCGCCCCCGCCUCCAGCGGCUGCUCCAUGACCUGCAACGGCAACAGCACCGAGUUCUGCGGUGGCCCUAGCCGCCUCAACGUGUACAACUACCAGGGGCAGUACGACCCGACGGCGACCUCGACGAGCACCGCGCCGGGUGGGCCGUCGACCUCUUCUCCGCCCCCGGUCAUUACCGGCCUCCCUGCCGGAUGGGCCUACCAGGGCUGCUGGAUCGACGGAAAGCAGGGCCGCAUCCUUCCGUACCAGAUCCCCGACAGCCAGAACAACUCGCCUGCGGUCUGCGCCAAUGCCUGCGCUGCGGCCGGCUACAGCAUCUCCGGCACCGAGUACUCGGUCCAGUGCUUCUGCGGUAACGCCAUCUACAACGGCGGCGAGAAGACGGCCGAGUCGGAUUGCAGCAACACUUGCCCCGGCGACCCGACUCAAAAGUGCGGCGCCGGCGACCGGCUGAGCAUUGUUUCCAACGGCGUUCCGCAGGAAUACGCUCCCCCGGCUCCGCAGACAGACGGCCUGGACGGCUGGGAGUACCAGGGCUGCGUCGAGGACAACAUCGAUGACCAGCGCACCUUCUUCUGGCAGCUCCACUACCCGAACGUCAUGACGCCCAAGAUGUGCCUGGACCGGUGUGCCCAGUUCGGCUACCACGCUGCCGGUCUCGAGUACGGGCAGGAGUGCUACUGCGGCGACCCGGCCAACAUCGCCACGCGCGGCGCUACCUUCCGGCCCGAGUCGGAGUGCAACGUCGUCUGCGCCGGCAACGAGACGGCCAUCUGCGGCGGCGGCAGCCGGCUGACCACGUACUUCUGGACCGGCGCGCCCCUGUACUCGUGGGACUUCCCGCAGGACUACCGCGCCGGCAAGUACGAGUUCCUGGUCGACGGCGUCAACAUUCCGCUCAUCACGCAGGAGACCAUCCACGGCAAGGUCUCGUUCAUCUCUAAGGGCGCGACGGGCCCGGGCAACGAGACGGGCGCGUACGAGCUGGAUCCCAACACGCUGCAGUUCCGCACGCUGCACAUCAAGACGGACGUCUUCUGCGCGGCCGGCGUGACGCUGCCCGACAAGGCCGGGCGCCAGCUCAACGUCGGCGGCUGGGCCGGCGACGCGACGUACGGCACGCGCCUGUACUGGCCCGGCGACACACACGACUGGGAGGAGAACGUCAACGAGCUGCACCUGCAGGCCGGGCGCUGGUACCCGAGCACCAUGAUCAUGGCCAACGGCUCCAUCAUGGUCAUUGGCGGCUCGAUCGGGUCCAACGACGCGGCCACGCCGUCGAUCGAGGUGCUGCCGUACACGGGCACGCCGCCGCUGUACAUGGAGUGGCUGGACCGCACGCACCCCAACAACCUGUAUCCAUUCAUCUGCGUGCUGCCGGGCGGCGGCAUCUUCGUGCAGUACUGGAACGAGGCGCGGAUCCUGGACGCGGCGACCUUCGGCACCACCAAGGUGCUCCCGAACGCGCCGGGCGCCGUCAACGACGACAAGGGCGGCCGCACGUACCCGCUCGAGGGCACGGCCGUGCUGCUGCCGCAGAAAUACCCCUACUCGGACCCGCUCGGCAUCCUGAUCUGCGGCGGGUCGACCGAGGGCCCCGGCAACGCCAUCGACAACUGCGUCAGCAUCGAGCCUGAGGCGGCCAACCCGACCUGGGUGAUCGAGCGCAUGCCGUCGUUCCGCGUCAUGACGUGCAUGGCGCCGCUGCCCGACGGCACCUACCUGAUCGCCAACGGCGCGCUCCACGGCGUGGCCGGCUUCGGGCUCGGCGUCGGCCCCAACCGCAACGCGCUGCUGUACGACCCGGCCAAGCCCGUCGGCCACCGCAUCACCGUGGCCGCCAACACCACCAUCGCGCGCAUGUACCACAGCGAGGCCAUCACGCUGCUCGACGGCCGCGUGCUGAUCUCGGGCUCGGACCCGCAGGACGGCGUCAACCCGCAGGAGUACCGCGUCGAGGUCUUCGUACCGCCCUACCUGCUCAGCGGCAAGCCGCGCCCGACCUUCACGCUCACCAACCGCGACUGGGCCUACGACCAGAAGAACAUCGCCUUCACCCUCGGCGCCGCCCCGCGCAACGGCGCCAUCUCCGUCUCGCUGCUCGGCUCCGUCGCCUCCACCCACGGCAACUCCAUGGGAGCCCGCACCCUCCUGCCCCGCGUCUCGUGCACCGGCACCGCCUGCACCGUCGACGCCCCGCCCAACGCCAACAUCGCCCCGCCCGGCUGGUACCAGUUCUUUGUGCUCGACGGCGGCAUCCCCGCCGUGGGCGUGUACGUGCGCAUCGGCGGCGAUCCGGCGCAGCUCGGCAACUGGCCGCAGUAUCCCGACUUCUCUACCCCGGGUAUUUAA